AAUCUUUCGAUUAAAAUUAGUAGCAACGUAUCAAGGUAGCUACUUGAUGUGUAAUGAUUGGUUUAUUUUAAUUUCAUUUUAAAGUAAUAUGACGAGCCAAAUUGAUGUGUUGUGAGUCCGUAGUGAAAAAAAUAACAAGUUAACGAACGUUGAAUGGAAAAGAUAUAAUAAAAAUAGAGGUUGUACGAUCGUUGUUUGGCAAAGAAAAUAUGAGUCACUCUUUCAAAUUGCCACAUCCAAAGGAGUUAUUUGGGUAUAAAGGCUGUGCCUUUGUUAUCGCUUCGAUUCAACUCGUGUUGAUAUGUUGUUACGUAAGAUAUUUUUCCGACGGGAGGCAGCAUAUGACGUCAUUAAGAACGCCCUUAAUGUUUUUUAUCAACUAUAAAGAGGUGAUACUGAAACAGAACUCUUCGACAAGUUUGACAGAAAUUCCUUAUAUAAGAAACAAUUCUUAUUUAGCAAAUUUCCAAAUCAAACCAAAAGGAAAUAAAAAGAACGUGAAUGUAUUACUUAUUGUAUCAACUGGACCAAGAAGAUACGAUAGAAGAGCCACAAUACGUAAAACAUGGUGGCAGCAAUGCAAAUCUACAGGAAAGGUGGUACCGGAAUGUAUAUUUAUGACAGAUAAACUUGCUGAAAAUCAAGAAUUCUAUAAUAUUAUCAAAAACGAAUCUCGUACAUACCAUGAUAUGCAUUUUCAAAACUUGUCUGGUGGUGUAGAGUUUGGUAAAAGAUUUUUAUAUCAUAUGGUGUACGCAGUAACGAAUUAUCAUUUCGAUUAUUUUUUAAGAAUGGACGACGAUUACUUUUUCUGCAUGGAAAAGUUUCUUCACGAAAUUCCAGUCCCAAUGGAAAAAUAUUUUCACUGGGGGUGGGUACAUAAUGUUCCUAAUAUAACACGUCCAGAAGAAAGCAUGAUUUUAUUUUCAAGGGAUGUUAUAGAAUUAUUUUUAUCACAAGACCCUAACAAAAUGUUAUGUCAUCCAUUGGCAGAUCAGAUGGUAGCUGCAUGGUCGAACCAUUUAAGCAUGACGUAUUUAUUUAGGCAUGAUUCCAGAUUACAUCAUCAUCCCCCGGUACGUGAUUUACCACAUAUUAAGAAUAGUAGGAAUAUUUGCGGUAGAUUCAUUGGUGUUCAUGGUGCUUAUCCCAAUGAAAUGAAAACUUUGUGGCAUAACAGAGGCAAACAGAGUAUUUAUACGACCUUGAAAUACAAUUCUCAUAUUGUGACUAUCCAAAGACCAUUCAGAUGGCAACUGUUCGAUCAUACUUGGCAGUAUGAACCAAAACCAUGUGUUUCAAACCCUUCUUGGAAUACUUCAAAGCUGUUUGUAACGAAAGGCUUCUAUUCAGGUAGGCAAAGUGAGAGCAAAGAACAUCAUUGAAAAAUGUUACACACAAAUGGACGCUAGAAUUAUUAAAAGCUAAGUGAUCAUAUUCUUCUUCUUCAUAGAUAACAACUGCAAAAGUAAAAUAUUCAAUCUGAAAUAUAAACAUAAAAAGCAAAAGUUAAAAGUGUUAUAAAAAAAAUGCGGUUAAAAUUUUGGUCAAGAGAAAAUGUUGUUCUUUGAUAAUUUCAAUAUAAUGUUUUUUAAUUUACGGAAAGGGCCAGUUUUAAAAGGAGUAUGGCUAAUGUAUUUUUAUAUAGUAUGUAGAGCUGUAUAUAUGAUUGACUUAUUGAUCACUUGUGUAUUUUAUUAUCCAACUAGUAAUUUAAACCCGUAGAAGAAUCCCCUUAAAUUAGUGUCGUUCUUCUCACAAAAAGGUUUGUUGAUAAUUUGUUUUGAAUAAAUUGUUUUGAAUGAAAUCCCAUGGAGGAAUCCACUCCAAAACCUUUUAAAAUGUAUUUUAUGCUUUUCUUAUCACAAAAUGAUUUGUUGUCAAUUUCAUUUAAAAGACACAAACAAAGCUUUCGAACGAAAUGGACAACAAUAAUAACAACGGUAAUUACCUGUGACUUUACCUGUGCAAUAAUUUAUAACAAAGCACACGUCACGGUAAAUUUAAAUUAACAAGCA